AUGUCCGACGUACCACCAACCGAGCCCAUUCCCAAACCAGAGGAACCUAAAGCACCAGCCCCUGCACCUCAGCAACCUCAGUUCCAGCAAGUCCCUCCACCAAAUUACUACCAAUU